AUGAACAGUUCACUGUCGACUGGAAAUUCCUCUGAUGGCAUCCUACCCGAGUUACGCACCUAUCGCCACAUUGUGCUUAUGUCUGCGAUCAUGUUAUCUAUCCUCUCGCCUGUAACGGUGAUUUCAAAUGCUUUGCUCUUGACUGCGAUUUACCGUGAUCCGCUGAAAUGUUUCCGGACGCCCAUGACGUACUUCAUCGCUGGUCUUGCUGUGGUCGACUUGCUGACUGGAGCAAUUGUGGAACCGUUGUUGGCAACAUACUACUACGUGGAUUUCACGGACUUCAAGACGCCUCCGGGCGGGGCUUAUCAAUUGCUUCGCCGAAUAGCAGGGAUUAUUUCUACAGUAACAAUUACCAUGUCGUUUUUUAUUGUCCUAGCGUUGUCAGUGUGUCAGUAUAUCGCAGUGACCUACCCACACCAGUUCAAAGAAAUUAUAUCUAAAAAUCGAGUUCUGGGAUUCCUCACUGUAAGUUGCGUAUAUAUUACAACAUUCUGUAUGCUGCAAUUCACUGGGAUCGACCAAUCAACGUAUCUGAAGCUAGAUCUGAUAAUACACCCUACUCUCAUAUCAGUUAUAUUGGUGAUGGUACAAAUCAUGCUAUUUACGUCAUUCAACCGACAUCUUCAACAUAGUAACACAUUACGUAAGAAGUCAUCUUUGAAUCAUUCUAUACAGAAGAGGGCCUCUUACAAAAAAAGACUCAGCGAGCGCCAAUUUACAGUCAUGACACUUUACCUAACAGCUAUCUUGCUCGCUUCGGCCUCUUUGCACAUCAUAGUUCUCUACAUUCAUCUCUUCAAGGAGCCAAAGAGCGAGGUAGAAAACAUAAACAUUCAUAUUGGUCUCCGUAUUAGUGAUCUGAUGCUGUUCAUUAAGGUUGCGGUGGAUAUUUUUAUCUAUGCCUGGCGGCUUCCUUCUUACCGAAGAGCUCUUCAAUGCACGUUUUUUGGGAACGCGGCAGUCGCACGGUCGUCAACUUACCGCAAGAGUAGUGAAUACGCAACCGCUGGACAAGAAAAUGGGCGGCGAGGACCUGGGACUGAAAGUGCAACACUGUGA